AUGGACAAAGGACAAAGCAUAGCGUACAUUUCCGACGUCGGCGCAGCGCGCUUGAAGCCGCUUUUCAUCGCAGGUAGCGUUGUCACAGUCGUCUUUCUCGAUUUGGCCUUCCUAUCAGAGCGAUGGCUCCGCCACUCGAACCAGUUAGCUCCGAACAAGGGCAAGCUCGACAAGGCUUGUGCGGUUCUUUCGAUUUUCUUCGCCAUCGCCGGUGCUGCCGGUUUGAUCCUGCUCUCCAUCUUCGAUACCGCGCGCCACCCGAAGCUGCACGAUGGGUUCCUCGCCCUCUUCCUUGCCGGCUACGUCGUUAGCGCCGUCUUGAUUUGCGCCGAGUACCUCCGCAUUGGAAUCUUCUAUCGUCGCGAGCACCGUGUUCUGUUCACCAGCUUCUUCAUCAAGCUCGCUUUCAUCAUCAUCGAAGUCGGACUGGCAAUCGGCUUUGGUAUCUGCACGCGCAGCAACGAUGUGUCGAAGCAGAAUCCCGGCGCUAUUCUCGAGUGGACGAUUGCUUUCGUCUUUACCGGCUAUGUGGUCUCCUUCAUUGUUGACCUUUUACCUUCCGUUCGCACCCGCAACCACGUGCCCCAAGGCGAGAAGUACUUGAUGAGCCAGAAUGGCUUCCGCGGAGAGGAGCAGGCUGUCUCCAUUGAAGAGCCGUUGACCCAUGACUCGAGUGGUCCGACUACUGGCUUCUACCGCGGUCAGCGGGUUUAA